AAUUACCCCAACAACAAAGACUUCAAACACAAUUGAAAACAUUACAAAUCUAAUGUUUAAAAUGUUAUUCGUGCAAUCCACUGACAACUGCUUCACCGAGUCUUUAUUGACGUUAUACUCAAACCGAGUCCUCAAGUUUCUAUUACUUUUACUAUGCACAAAUCUACAAUGCUUUGGUUAUUUCAGUUCAGUUUGGCUGAAGUCUGACGUCGACCUGUCUCCUCUGGAGGAACAUCACAACAGCUCAACACAGGCGAACACUCUGUAUAGGCCAAUUUGCAACGACAGUGAUAACUUCCGGGAGACUCUACGCGUCUGCAGCAUGGACUCAGCGCCAGAUGAUUACGGCAAUACCAUGAGGCAUUCCAGGGUGUUGGUCUUUCGCUUGAUGAAAGAAGACGCGAAGCUAUUCAUCGCCACUCGCCACGUCAGCCUGCCGAAUGCGACAGUCAGCAUCAAGGCUUCGGAUUAUAACAAUGUUCCUUUAUACAAUGAAUUCUUUUCAACAGAUCUCUUCCGGUUUUAUGCCGGCACGUUGGUCGUGGAUGAUAUUCCUAUUCUUUUCACUGGACACUGGGACGAGUCGAAAUUUUUAGGGUCCGCAGUUCAUGUCGUUCACCAUUUAGAGUUGGAGUGUACUUCUUUGUCGUCUGCUGAUUUUUAUACAAAAGAUAGCUGUUUUUAUUGUUCAGUUUCUUGUAAUAAAUUAACUUUCCCAGAAGGUAAUACAACUUCCGGUGAUAAUACUUCUUUGGAUUUUUUGGAUCUGUUUGACGUCCACAUCAGCAGCAAAGGCAUCAAGUCCCAAAAAAGUCAAAACUUAGACAAAGACCUAAGAAGCAAACGUCAAACUAGAGGUAAUGUUCCUCCACCUCUGAGCUGCAGCCUUCAUCUUGCAGCCGACCAUUUGUUUUUUAGUUACAUUGGGGCCAAUAGUGUGUCGAGGACACUAAACACCAUGCUCUCUCUCAUCAAUGAGGUUGAUGCCAUCUUCCGCUCUGUAGACUUUGAUGGCGAUGGCUAUGGAGACAAUAUUGGUUUCAUUGUAGGAAAAGUUGACAUACACAGCCUCAACGAUCCCAGCUAUAUGUUAAUUAAGGAAUACAUGAAGGCUGAUGAAUAUCUGCAUCUAUUUUCAAAAUAUUACGACUUCAGCCAGGCCUGUCUGGGUGUGGCGUUUACUUACAGAGAUUUGGGCUCUGUCUCGGGAACAUCCUACCCAGCUUUUUCAGACCCUAAUUUAGCCGGUGGGAUUUGCGAACAACGAAUGGAAGUGAACUCGGAAAUAAUCAGCUUCAACACUGUCGCUGUCACGAUGUAUAGCCACGGUACUCGCAUGCCGCGCGAGAUCUUUGUUCUGAAUCUUGUCCACGAGCUGGGUCAUAGCUUUGGGGCUAGGCACGACGAGACAAGCGAAUGUCUGUCACAGGGAGAUUAUGGAAGCUUCAUCAUGAACUGGCAAUCAAACCCUGGGACAGAGCCAAACAACCGUAAGUUUUCCCCCUGCAGUAUCAGAAGCAUACUUCCCGUGGUCAAGAAAAAGGGCGUUUGCCUUCUUAGUAAUAUCCUAAUGUCCCAGUGCGGGAACACAAUCCCAGAAGACGAUGAGGAGUGUGACUGCGGGGUGGCUAAGACAUGCUUGUCCGUGGACCCAUGCUGCACGCCUUCAGAUACACAAGGUGGGCCGGACGCUCCGUGCACGGUGAGAAAGUCAACUGGGAAUCUGUGCUCCCCAAGAAAAGACCAGUGCUGCACUAGCAACUGCUCCUACAUCUCAGCCUCAGAAAACCACGUCUGCAACACCCUGGAUGGGUGCUCACAUGUUUCAAUGUGCAACGGCCAAAGUGGGCGCUGCCCAGAGAGCGCUUUUCAACCAGAUGGAAUUUUCUGCAACAACGGAUUGGACGUAUGCAAAAGUGGCACCUGCGCAGUGGGGGUCUGUGAGUACCACAACAUGACAGCGUGUUUCUGUUCAGAUCUCGACGACCAGUGCAAAGUGUGCUGCAAACAUUUAGUCAGCUUGACGUGCAUGCCUGUUGGGAAUUAUUCAUUUAUUAAGACCAACACGACUAUCCACCACAACACAGGCGUCCCUUGCUAUGAUAAAGGUUACUGUGCGGCCAGACACAUGUGUAUACUGCCGUUCAAGGACGAUCCCGCAGCGGCCAUCCUGUUUGGUCCCGACAGUGAAAGACGGUUUAAAUUUCACUUUAACAACUAUUGGUUCUACUACUUCCUCGUAGCGCUGUGCUUUCUAAUUAUCUUAAUUUUUUUGACGGUCUCUUAUAAGAUUAAUGACUCAGAUCACUUAAAAGCACUCCGCUAUGGAAAGAUGAUGGCAAUUUUCGCCAUGGGAGAGCACCAGAGUAAAGUAUACAGACAAAUGCUGAUAGAAAUCAACAACUAUUAUAACAUCCGGAUGCACAAGGUUCAACUCCAGAGCGAUCCCAUCAGCCACACCGAAGCAGUGGCAAGGAUCAAGGCACUUUUUCCCAUGGUAAACACCCCAUACAUUAUAAGACUGGCAAGAAUGAGUGCCUCUGAAAGUUUUGUGGUCAAACUGUUACUGAUACAGGGUCACAGAAUGAGGACAUUUACCUAACGGGCAGAAGUCACAAGAAUAGUUCUAAAUUGUAAAUAGGUAUAUACACAUGGCCUUUACAUUACUUGUAAAAAUGA